UAGCUGGCGAUGGCUUUGAAGCUCUGGGAGCGCAUCUCGCAGGCGGAUAAUGUGUUCCAAUCGCUUCGACCUCUCACCUACGUAUCCCUGGUGGGUCUGGCGCCGUUUCAAUUGAAUCUAAACGCGGACAAGGAGGUGCACACAUCGAUGUACUCUGUUGUCGCCGGCAUUGUGCACUAUUUGUUCUUUGUGAUGUGCUUUGCGUUUUCAGUGCACGAGGACGACUCCAUCAUCGGCUACUUCUUUCAGACGAACAUCACCAAGUUGGGCGAUGGCACCUUGCGAUUGACGGGCAUCAUUGCCAUGUCCACGAUUUUUGGAUUUGCGAUGUUCAAGCGCCAGCAACUGGUGGGCAUCAUACAGAACAAUAUUGUCGUUGACGAGAUCUUUGUGCGUCUGGGCAUGAAACUGGACUAUCAACGCAUUCUCCUGUUCAGUUUUCUCAUCUCUUUGGGCAUUGUCAUCUUCAACGUUAUUUACCUAUGUGUCAGCUACGGCUUGCUAAUCAGUGCCACCAUCUCACCUUCACUUUUUACCUUCACGGCCUUCGCUCUGCCCCACAUCAAUAUCAGUCUUAUGGUCUUCAAGUUUCUCUGCACCACCCACUUGGCCCAGAGUCGGUUCAAUAUGGUGAAUGAGAUUCUACAGGACAUUCUGGAUGCGCAUAUUGAACAGAACAACGCUCUGGAGCUGUCGCCAAUGCACUCGGCGGUGAAUCAUCAGCGAUAUGCGCAUCGAUUGCGUAAUCUGAUCAGUACACCCAUGCAGCGUUACAGUGUUACCUCGAUUAUACGCCAGAGUCCCGAGUACGCCAUCAAGCAAGUGGCCAAUAUACACAAUCUGCUCUGUGACAUUUGCCAGACUAUCGAGGAGUAUUUCACCUAUCCCCUGCUUGGCAUCAUAGCCAUUUCGUUUUUGUUUAUACUCUUUGAUGACUUUUAUAUAUUGGAGGCACUGCUGAAUCCCAAGCGCUUGGAUAACUUUGAGGCAGAUGAGUUCUUUGCCUUCUUUUUGACACAAAUGCUUUGGUACAUUGUUAUCAUCAUUUUAAUCGUGGAGGCCAGCAGUCGCACUAUCCGCCAUAGUAGCUUCAGUGCAGCCAUUGUCCACAAGAUACUCAACAUAACCGACGAACAGGAGCUACGGGAUCGAUUAUUUCGCCUGUCUCUUCAGUUGUCGCACCGCAAGGUGAGCUUCACUGCUGCCGGCCUAUUUCGUUUGGAUCGUACAUUAAUAUUUACGAUAACUGGCGCCGCUACUUGCUACCUCAUUAUACUCAUACAAUUUCGCUCUACUCAUCACCUUGAGGAAAGUGAAGGCACUAAUAAUACGGACUAUAUACAGUUCGAUUAA